CAAUGAAAAACUGGAGUUUAUUGCGUCUCGUACCGGCGUGGGGGAGGUCUAUGGGUUCGACAGUCCAGUUAUUCCCUUUGCCAUUCAGGUUUAGGUUUAAACGGUGAUUGUUGCUUUAAAUCGGCUAUGUAUAUACCUCAGCCAUUUGCUUUACCGCUUGUUUUUUUUUGCGUUGCAUGAUUCUGGUAAGCGACUAUAGGCCUAUUUAGCGCGAAAUUGUAGGUUUAGCCUGACGUUACAUUCACGCGGAGCAUAUACAGAUGCAAUGCUAGAUUAACGAUCAAGCGGAAAUUAUAUAGCCACGUUUGAUUCAUUUUCUCCUAUCGUACAGUACUAAAUCAACUAAAAUGCAUCGAUUUCAGUCUUUAGCGAAUCGGUGCUUGGCUGAAGGCGUUUUAAAGCGGAAUCAUUCUCCACUGUCCAUAAUCGCUUUGGAAUUACCAUGCUGUGUCCAGACCAUACGAUUUAGAACACAAGGAUUCAUUGAAAAAUCCAGAUUAAAGCGGUUUAGUACGGCUGAGGCCACGGUAGAUGCGAGAGAAAAUGGAAAGGUGCGAGAAAAGAUCCUCACGAUGGAGACAUUGAACCCGAACGUGAAAGCGGUGGAAUAUGCAGUGAGAGGACCUAUCGUCAUCAAAGCCGGUGAAAUCGAACAAGAGUUACGACAGGGGAAGAAGAAGCCCUUUACUGAGGUUAUCAAGGCCAACAUUGGGGACGCCCAUGCUAUGGGGCAGCAACCUAUCACAUUUCUGCGUCAGGUGGUGGCUCUCUGCACGUGCCCAGAGCUACUGGACAGCCCGGUUUUCCCUGAAGAUGCCAAACUUCGAGCACGCCGCAUCCUUCAGGGCUGUGGAGGAGAAAGCAUAGGGUCGUACAGUAGCAGCCCGGGAGUGGAGUGCAUCCGGAAGGAUGUGGCUGAAUAUGUGACUCAGAGGGACCAGGGCGUGCCCACCAGCUGGGACAAUAUUUUCCUCACCACCGGGGCCAGCGACGGCAUCAUGAACAUUCUGAAGUUGCUGGUCUCGGGACAGGGUCAGUCCCGCACCGGGGUGAUGAUCCCGAUCCCCCAGUACCCCCUGUACUCGGCCGCCAUCUCGGAGCUUGGGGCCGCGCAGGUCAACUACUACCUGGACGAGAACAACUGCUGGGCCCUGGACAUGGAGGAGCUGCACCGGGCUUACCACACGGCCAAACAGUACUGCACUCCCAGAGUGCUUUGCAUCAUCAACCCGGGGAACCCAACAGGUCAGGUGCAGAGCAGGAAGUGCAUUGAGGAUGUCCUGCACUUUGCCUACGAGGAGAAGCUGUUUGUGCUGUCCGAUGAGGUUUAUCAGGAAAAUGUCUACUCUCCAGACUGCCAGUUCCAUUCCUUCAAAAAGGUUCUGUAUGAGCUGGGACCGGAGUACUUCAACAGUGUGGAGCUGGCCUCCUUCCACUCCACCUCCAAAGGGUACACUGGAGAGUGUGGAUUCAGAGGGGGGUACAUGGAGGUGAUCAAUCUGGACCCAGAUGUCAAGGCCCAGCUGGUGAAGCUGCUGUCCGUGCGCCUGUGUCCCCCUGUCUCCGGGCAGGCUGCCAUGGACGUCAUCGUCAACCCUCCUCAGACCAGCGAACCCUCCCACCCCCAGUUCCUAAAGGAGAAGACUGCCAUACUCAGCACUCUGGCUGAGAAGGCCAGACUGACUGAGCACACUCUGAACAAAGUGCCUGGGAUCAAGUGUAACCCGGUGCAGGGGGCCAUGUACGCCUUUCCCCGCAUCUUCAUACCGCCCAGAGCCGUGGAGGAGGCCAAGGCAUUGGGAAUAACCCCAGACAUGCUUUACUGCUUGAGACUCCUGGAGGAAACUGGGAUCUGUGUCGUCCCUGGAAGUGGGUUUGGGCAGAAGGAGGGAACCUAUCAUUUCAGAAUGACCAUUCUUCCCCCACCUGAGAAGCUGAAAUUGCUCCUGGAGAAGGUCCAGUCCUUCCAUAUGAAGUUUGUAGAGCAUUACAGAGAGCUGGAAGAGACCUCUGUAUGAGUGCAGUUUGGACGAAGCAGAGCCUGGGGGAGCGCUGGCGGAGUCGUCUGUAUGACUGGACCUUGACUGAGUAGAGCUGGCUGGGUAGUCCCUGUCAGAUAAUGCUUAACAAACUAACAAAAGAAAAUAACUUGAAGCGAUUUAUUUUGACAUUUUCUCCUCUGUGUACUCCUUAAACCUCGCAAGUGGACAGCAGAACCAGUUUUCUGAUGGCGAGGGCACCACAGGGGUUCAAGAUAUUGGUGCCUUUUCCACACUCAUAAAAUGGCAUGAAAAACAGUGAUAUGAUGUGUUACUGCACAUUAACACCACAGGGAAAGCGUGAUUCUCUUUUCUUUUUUUUUAUAAAUACAAUUCAGACGAUCAGAUUACCAUUUCAUAGCACUCCUGGCUUUGUGUCUGUUUCUUCAUUCGCCGUUUUUAUUCUUCUUAAGCUAGGGUGUUCUUUUGUGUAAGGGAUGUCCGUUUUCCAGGCUGGGCCUCACCGCGCCACAACAAUGCCUCUCCCAUUCCCCUGCACCCAUAGUGAUGCAUUUCACACUCCUAUGUUCCUAAGCAAAACAGAAGCACUCCAAAGAAGAUACUGUCAUGUCACUUAAAAGCCUGGGUGCACGGUAAUUGCAGGAAGGUAAUUGUAAAUACUGUCUACACCGUUAUACCAAGCUUUUUUUGUCCUGUAUAAGUGUUUCACACCUUUGUUGGUCUUAAUGGUGUUAACCCUGUUUUAAAAAUAUAUAUAUAUAACCUUAAUUGAUGAGAUGAAAGUUCUGGAUUGCAUUGAAGGGGUUGUAUGGAAGGGGUUCCAUUUCAUGCAAUUGCAGCCUAUCCAGUUAAGGUGUCUUGAUGCUUUUUGAUCCAGUACACUUUGCCCCCACUUGAUAGUUUAUGCAAAUGUAAAAUGGAAAUAAAAUGCUGCUGUAUGCCAAAAGUGAAGCAAAGGAAGACCAGGUAGAGGCCAAAUACAUUUAAUUUUCUAACCAACAGGAUUUACAUGAUCAGGCAGUAUUACAUAUCGUCUUCAACCUCUCAUGACUAUUGCUGAGAAGCAAAUGUGGAAACGAAUGAGAUUAGCCUUUGGCACAAACUUGAAUUUGCCUAAUUUUAGAGGAGGGACCUGCUGUUUCUCUGUCAGAAUUGAGACAACUGAGUGAGUAGUCUUAUAUCAUGAAAUGUAAAAAUAUCAAUGGAAAAUGAAUUCCUCCAGCUGCUUUAUAUAAAUGGACCUUGCAAUAGAUAUUCUGUUCUUAUGAGGUGCCUUUUGUUGUUGGAAUAAUGGCCUUUAUAUCACAUGACUGUGGGGGUGUGUUUUAAUAUGCAUUCUGACUGUAAAUGCAUUGCAUCUGUUACUCUGAGGUGAAUGGGCUUUUCUGAAUGGGGUCCCAUUUUUUUAAACUUCCAUUUCAUUUAUAUAUAUAUAUAUAUAUAUGAUAAACUUAUGUUACCACGCAACUUCGAAAUUAAGACUGUUAAAUAGUUUAACUUUGGCCUUAUUAUGUUUCUGUAUUUUUGUAGCUGUUCAAAACUGCAUUUGAAAAUUAAUUCUAUUAAAACCUUAUUUGUUACAAA